AUGGAUUCAGAGGAAGAGAAAACGGGAGAGAUUUACGGAACAUCACAAUCUUCCUCGCUGAUACAAGGUAUUUUUGAGCAAGCUGCCAUAGAUAAACAAGAGAAGAACAUGGGAGAAAUCCAGCAGAGAGCAACACAUGAUGAAGAAGAAGAAGAGGAAGAGUACAGAUCUCAACCAGACCCGAUUCCACUCGAUCUAACCUUGGAGAUACUCUCAAGACUUCCUGCAAAAUCUAUUGUGAGGUUUCUCUGCGUAUCAAAGCUCUGGUCUUCCUACACUACACUUCCAAGUUUUAUCAGCUCAUUCGCGAGUCGGCCACGGCGUCUUGUGCUCACCUUCUUGAAAUAUAAAAAGCGAUUCAUUUUCUCGUUCCCUCAACACGAGAAUACUGACGGUUCUUAUUCUCCGUUCUACAGUUAUGAGAUGAAAAACGCAAACUCUUGGAGGCGGAACUGCAGUUAUUAUCCAUCUCAAUCCGUCCAGGGCUUUAUUUUCUUCAAAGGAAACGUGUUUUGGAACCCAACCACGCAACAGGUUUUACAGUUACCAAAGCCCACAAGAAAACUCCGGUUUUGGGGACAUACUUAUUUAGGAUACGAUCCAUUGGAGGGUAAAUACAAAAUUCUGGUCAUAAACUCCCAACAGCAUCGGAUUCUUACAUGGGGAGGAGCUCAAUGGAGAUUAAUACCCAAUGGUUUCCCUUCGCAUUUUCCUGGUAUAUACUUAGGUUGCGUUGAUGGAGUUCUCUAUUAUGAAGCCUUUUUUGUUAUUGGUGGUGAAAGCUGUAUAAUGAGCUUUCAUGUCGGAUCUGAAAAGUUCAAUCCUAUACAUUUUCCCGAGGGUAUAAGUUCAAAUUUGUAUAGUUUUAUGAUAGUACCUUAUGAGGAGGGAAGGUUAGCCUUAGUUGGUACUACAUAUUUCCCUAAUAUAUCUGUUAAGCUAUGGGUUUUGGAAGAUGCAGAUGGACACGAAUGGACGUGUAAAAGCUUUACCUUACCUCCUAGGACUAGGAGAGGAUGGAAUAACCUUGAAUUAAAGGGUGUCAGCGAUGCUGGUGAGCUUGUUUUUACACCAAUGGUUUUGACAGACUCGUUUUAUGUUUUAUAUUUCGAUCCAAGGAGAAACACUAUUAGAGAAGCCUUGUUUCAAGGAAUUUUUGGUGAUGAAUUCGGAUGCCGUUACAGACUUGGUGACAACAGUAAAUACAGCAGUACAUUCAACGUGGAUGUGUUCCCAAAUCACAUGGAGAAUUUCGUGUCUUUGUUGUAA